GGCUCCGGUGUCGCUUCCAUGACGGCUUUUGUGCGCGCUAGCUAGGUUUGUGGUGGAGGGUAGGGUAGAAGUCGCCGUUAGAGAGGCAUUGACCUUUGCUUGCCCCUUUCUUUUUUCCCCCCGCCAUGACUUCAGAACGGGGAGCGGGCAAUGAGCAGGGCAUCAAGUUAUCAGCAGAGGUCGAACCAUUUGUCCCCAAAUUUGCAGCAGUAACAGUGGCAUGGCCAGAACCCUCAGAAGCAUGUGUCUUUCCUGGAUAUUAUACAACAUGCUACCCAUAUGUUCAGGAGCCAUCUGUGAAUAAACAACAGCUAUAUAUUGAAGAAGUACCAUGGGAUACCUCGACCUGUCUUUCUCAGCGUGCAUCUCAAAAUCUUACAGGAUGUACUUCUCUUGAGGAGUGCACCAAUUCUCCAUAUUCUCUUACUGCCACACCAAGAACACAUGCAGUUUCCAGCUUCCAGAGUCAGAACAUUUCUAGUAAACAGGGUAGAGAGUACAUACAACACACUUCUUUGAUCAGAAAAGAAUGCGCUACUUUAUCCAGGAGACAACUGAAAAAUAAUGAAACUAGACUGGAGGAUAAAAGGCCUAAUGGAAGUGAUUUUACCUGCAGAUCAACAGAAAAUUCACCUUAUAUUGCUCUGCAGAGCAGGAAUCCUAUUAAAUGUGAUAUACUGACUCACAUGAUUGGAAAAAAAGAGGCCAGGAUACACAAUAGGCCUAUUAAAGUUAUGAAUGGGAAGUUCAAGCAAAUUCCAAACGCUGAGCAUCUACCAGAACCUGCCUUUGAAAUGACCUUGUCAGAUUUCCCAAAACUCCAAGACCUAGAAAGUAACAAUCUCCUGGAUCUUCAAAAGCAUGCAUGGGGGCCAGUGGGCUCAGCAGAAGGAGAUAAGCUGCCUCUGACACCUCCAGGAAAACUUGCAAUUUCAAACAUAACCAAAGAGGGUGAAGUAUAUCGGAAAAAGCAUUUACCAACAAGACCCUUAAGUUCUUCAUCAGAUCCCGGAGUUCCUCAGGCACAUCGAGACCUUUUCACUGAAAUACCCUUAUCUUGGGCCACUGUGCUUUCUCAAACUCCCAAAAAAGUUGUUCCAGUUCCAGCUUCAAUUCUGGCAAGCAAUCAUUCUGGAAGUAAAAAAAUAGAUAAUACGCCUGAGGAUUACAAGCAAUCAGAAAGAAGAGAAAAUGCAGGUAAUCUUGAAGAAACAGCAAAUAAAAAGAAGAAAAAGAAGAAAAAAAAGAAAACCAGAUCAUGCAGUGAAAUAGAAAAACUUCAUAUCCAGAGGAUUUUAAUUCAAGAACCUCCAAGAAUUCAGGAUGUUGAAGAAUUCCCAGAUUUAGCAGCUGCUUUUGACAGAAAACAUAAACAGGCUACUGAAAAUAUUCCUUGUUUAACACCUAUUAUGGAGAAGACUAAAGUAAUCACAAAGCUGACAUUUGAGUCUCAUGACCGUUCUCCUCCAAAGGAAUUAUUAAUACCUAAGCCAGAUGUAUUAUCAACAAGAAAAAUAGGCAAACAGGAUUCACCAGCUAUAAUAGAAAAAAAGAAAAUGCAGGGUACUCUGCCAUCUAAGAAAAACAGAAAAAAGAGUCAGAUUCCCGUACAGCUUGAUUUAGGGGGUAUGCUGGCAGUUUUGGAAGAAAAACAGCAUGCAGAAAAAUUAAAUCAAUCAUUUAAACCUCUGGUGCUUUCAGUUGGUGGUGGAGUAAUAUUGCCCACAAAGGAAUCUCCCAGAGUGACAAAAACUUCACCGUCAAUUCAGAAAAAUACUCCACACAAUCCCUUGGACUCUAGUUCUCCAUUGGUCAAGAAGGGGAAACAGAGAGAAGUCCCAAAGCCAAAAAAGCCAACAUCACUAAAAAAGAUUAUUUUGAAGGAGAGAGAACAGCGAAAACAGCAACACAUUUUAGAACAGAUGGCUACACCAAAGAAAGCUGAUACUGUUGAGCAGAAUGCAGAAUCUGUUCCCGAUGAUGAGCAAUUUUGUAAAGCCCCUGGAGAAGGUACAGGGUCCAUCGGCAACCAGUCAAGUCCAGAUGUUGUAAAAGAAGUUGCAGAGGACCCAGUACUUCUGACGCAGAGUAGUUCAGAAGCGGAUUUGAAAUGUACAGAAUCUAGUUGCUCCAUGCAAAACUCCAUUGCUCCAUCACAGCUGAAACCCAGCUUUCCCAAAAUCCAUAGCCGAAGAUUUAGGGACUACUGUACCCAGGUGCUUAGUAAAGAGGUUGACAGCUGCGUUACAGAUCUCCUAAAAGAGUUGGUUCGUUUCCAAGAUCGCUUGUAUCAGAAAGACCCUGUGAAGGCUAAGACGAAACGCAGAAUCGUUCUGGGACUCAGAGAAGUGUUGAAGCACCUGAAGCUGAAGAAGCUGAAAUGUGUAAUCAUUUCUCCAAAUUGUGAAAAAAUUCAGUCAAAAGGUGGAUUGGAUGAGACUCUGCAUCUCAUAAUUGACACUGCAUGUGAACAGAAUAUUCCAUUUGUUUUUGCUCUCAGUCGCAAAGAUCUAGGGCACUGUGUGAACAAAUUAGUGCCUGUUAGUGUGGUGGGAAUAUUCAGCUACGAUGGUGCUCAGGACUACUUUCACAAAAUGGUGGAAUUGACAAUGGAAGCAAGGCUGGCAUACAAGGAGAUGAUUUCAACUUUAGAGAAGGAGUCAAGUGAAGAAGUAAAACAAAGUGACUGUGCACUCCAAACCCAUCAGAAAGAGAAUUGUGCACUAGAUAAUGGUGUAGUGCCCCUUCAAGAAUCUGAAGAGGAUUCCCCAAAUUACAUUAAGAUCUGGAAGCAAAAGCUUGAAGAGGAGUAUAAUCCCUACAUCCUGGAGCUGGAAAAACUGUCAACCACUGACAUGUUGCCCUUGGGUGCUGAGGAGCCUCAGUAAAUCAAGACUACCUU